GUGGAAGAAGCAGCAGCAAUUAGAAAAGGGAUCAAUUAAGAAGCAACAGGAAUGGCGGUUUUGUUUUGGAAGAAGCAGCAGCAAUUAGGAAAGGGGAUCAAUUAAGAAGCAACAGCAACGGCGGCAGACGGCAACACCACGAACGGCACUACGGGACAACACAACAACGCCGACGAAGUGAAGGAAGAUCACGACGCCGAACGGCAGUAGACGACCACCGGCAGCAGCAACAGAACACCGGCGGCAGCAGCAGAACCACGCCGACGAAGGGAAGGAAGACCACGACGCCGACGACAGGUCUGAAGGAGACACGCCGGCGACGAGCAGAAGAAACGACGAUGACAGCAGCAGCAAAAAAGGAAAACAGCGGCAGCGGAAACGACGACGAACAUACGCCGGCGAAGAGCAGAAGAACCGAAGAAGAAGGAGAAAAGAGGAGCCGGAUGGGCUGUGCACAGCCGAAGAAGAAGGAUUCGGCGGCGGGGGAGAGAAACGAGAGAGGAGAAAAAAAAUUUUUAUUAAACCUUAGCUCGAUACCAACUUAGAAUAGGGAAAUUGUAUUAGAUGCAUGAUCUAUUGUACACAAUAUACAGACUAUAUAUAUAGACAAUAAGAAACCCUAAACUAUAACAUAAUAGGAAAUAUACUAAAUAUUACAAUACGGCGACACGGCCGUAUACGGCCUGUUUCUCUGCCGGGGUGACAUUAAACCCAGUGAGUGUCAAGAUUGCGUCACAAUCGCCCAAUCGGAUGUUUCACGGCUUUGCCCCAAUAAAAACAGAGCAACUUUCUGGUACAACCAUUGUAUACUGCGGUAUUCGAAUGAAUCGAUUUUCUCCAAACUGGAUACAACCAUUGUCGGGUAUCUGGUGAUUAAUCUGGAAGCAUCGGAUUUAACCUUGUUGAACCAAGUGUUGGGUGAUACUUUUGAUAAGAUUACAAACAGGGCAGCAUACGGUGACCCGGGUUCCGGUAAGAAAUUUGCGGUUCAAGAAGGGAAUUAUUCUUGGUCGCAGAAGAUUUACGGAAUGGGACAGUGCACUCCUGAUCUUUCAGGUUUGGACUGUGAAUCGUGCCUUAGAAAUGCUAUUUCGAAAUUGCCGGAGUGCUGUAAUAAGCGUCAGAGUGGGAUUGUUCUUUCUCCUAGCUGUACUAUUAGGUACGAAUUCUAUCCAUUCUAUAACCAAGUUUCACCUCCUCCGCCACCGAAGCCGCCAACUCCCAGCCUUCCUCCUCCUCCUCCAGCCGGAGGAACUGCAAGAAAUAAAGAUAACAGGGGAGGAGUUUCGACGCGAACAAUUGUAUUCAUUGUCGUCCCAAUUGUCGCUUCCAUUGCUGCGUUUGUAGUGGUGUUCUGGGCAGUAAAAAGGUCAAAAAAGAGGCAAAAAGCCAUAAACGAAACAUCAGGUGUAAGCAGUAUCAGAAGUAAUGCAGAGUCCUUGAAGUAUAAUUUCAGCCAAGUUCAAGCUUGUACAAACAACUUUGGUGUUGAAAACAAGAUUGGUGAAGGCGGAUUUGGCCCAGUUUACAAGGGUACAUUGCCAAAUGGGCAAAUGAUAGCUGUGAAGAGAUUGUCUAGAAGUUCAAAACAAGGUUCUGAAGAAUUCAUCAAUGAAAUUGCAGUGGUGGCGAAACUCCAGCACAGAAAUCUGGUUCGACUAUUGGGUUAUUGCUUGGAUGGAGAAGAAAAACUGCUUAUUUAUGAAUAUGUUCCUAAUAGAAGCCUUGACUUCUUCCUUUUUGAUUUGCGGAAGCAAAUGUUGUUGAACUGGAUAACACGCUACAAAAUAAUUGGAGGGGUAGCAAGAGGACUUCUCUAUCUUCAUGAAGAUUCUCGCAUCAAAAUCAUACAUCGUGAUCUUAAAGCAAGUAACAUACUAUUAGACACGAAUAUGAUCCCGAAGAUUGCAGAUUUUGGCAUGGCGAGACUUUUUGAAAUCGAUCAAUCUAAUGCAAAUACGAGCAGAAUAGCUGGGACGUUUGGUUACAUGGCUCCUGAGUAUGCAUUGCAUGGCCUUUUCUCGGUCAAGUCAGAUGUAUUCAGUUUUGGCGUUUUAGUUCUCGAGAUCAUAAGUGGCAAAAAGAACAGUAGCUUCUUGCAAUCACAUGGCGGCAACCGUGAUGACCUCCUAAGUUAUGCUUGGAGACAGUGGAGGAACGGAACGCCAUUAGCAUUGCUUGAUCCGAGCAUCAGGGAAUCCUAUGACCAACAGGAAGUGAUUCAAUGUAUUCACAUAGGUUUAUUAUGUGUUCAAGAAGAUGUAGAACUACGGCCUACUAUGGCUUUAGUAGUUCUGAUGUUAAAUAGUUUCUCUGUGACACUGCCAACUCCAACUCCACCACCAUUCUUUGACAAUAGUCGACCAAGGAUAUUCCCAAGAAAUGAGCAAGCUGUCGCGGGGUCGAAUCAAUCAUCAUCAGCAGUGGGAGAUUCCUCCACAAAUGAAGUGUCAAUUUCUGAACUUUACCCUAGAUAAAGACAGAAGAAGGUGAAUAACAAGAUCCGAUUUGCAUUGUUUUUCUUUUUGCUAGCUGACUCUCUCUGUUCAUGGUCAUGUCGAACAAAGACCAUUCAUUUGUUCGCGUUUAUAUGUUUUUUUUUUCAAAAGCAAUAAUAAUAUUUAAUAUUGAAAAGUCUCGCGUUUAUAUGUCGAUGGGGAAAAUAUUUCCACACAUACAUUAAUUUACUUCUUAUUUUGUAGAAA